CAAUAUGUUAUUACCAGUGAUUUAUUGGAUUUAUUCAAAUGCAUUAAUUUUGUUAAUAUCUUUAUUCACAUAUUUUGUGUCAAAACAAAUAUACAGUGAAUAUGAGAUGCGGAAAAAGUUACCGCCGGGUCCUAUGGGACUGCCAUUUGUCGGUUAUCUACCCUUUCUUAAGGGCGAGCCCUCCAAAGUGUUCGUACAAUUGGCCAAAAAAUAUGGACCAGUUUUUGGCAUUCAAAUGGGUUCGUGUCCAGUAGUCGUAUUAAAUGACUGGCCGUCAAUAAAAGAAGCCUUUUCUGAUGAAUCGGCAUUAGCCCGACCUAAGGAUAGUUUGUUUACUGCUUUACUUCCAUCGGGCUUUGGAAAUAUGAGUGGAGACGUAUGGAAAGAGCAGCGAAGGUUUGCUUUGCAUCAGUUGAGAAAUCUUGGUUUUGGGAAGACUUCAAUGGAAGACCACAUCAUCGAUGAAAUCAAUCACUUGUCUAAAGAGAUCGACAAAAGCAUUGGACAGGCGUUUGAUUUGCGGACACUUUUGCCGAUUAGUGUCUCAAAUAACAUAAAUUCGCUGACAUUUGGCCGACGUUUCGAUUAUACGGACACCAGAAAGAAGAUGAUCGACGAGUUCUUAAAGCCCGACCCGAACCUCAAUUUGGCCGGCAUUUUGGCAUUUUUCCCCAAAUUGGGUGGUUUUGUGUUCAGAAACAUGAAGUUUCUAUUGCCGUCGUCUCUAAGAAAAGUUAAAGUAAUACUCGAAGAGAUCCGCACAAUGAUGAAAACUGAACACGACAACCAUGCACAAACACUUGAUCAAAACAAUAAACGUGAUUAUUUUGAUGCCUUUAUUAAUGAAAUGCAAAAGUCAUCGAAUGGAGAGAAGACUACUUUUAAUUAUGAAAUGUUAGAAGGCAAUACCUUACUGCUAUUUGGGGCCGGUUCUGGUACAGUGUUAACUACCCUCGAGUGGUCGCUCGUGAUUUUGGCCGCUUAUCCAAGAGUACAACAACACAUCCAGAAAGAGAUCGAUGAAGUGAUUGGCAAAGAAAGGAGUCCUAACUUUGCCGAUAGAAACCAAAUGCCAUUUUUGCAGGCAUUCAUUGCGUCUAAAGAUAUGGUAAUUUCAGGAUUCAAAAUACCAAAAGACACUCAAAUUAUGGCCAACUUUUGGGCCAUUGAUAACGACCCAAAUCUAUGGGAAAAUCCAACGGAAUUCAAACCCGAAAGACUUCUCAGCGAAGAUCUCAAGACAUUUAAAAAACCCGAGCAUUUGAUCCCAUUUUCAUACGGGAAGAGGUCGUGUCCGGGAGAGAUCUUAGGAGUGGUCGAAGUGUUUCUAUAUCUGAGUUCUUUGCUUCAGAAAUACGACAUCAAAGCCAACCAUAAAACCGAUACAAGUCUUGAAUACAAUUUCGAGUUCUCAAUCACUCCUAAACAAAGUCCUAACAUUUCAUUCACUAAACGAGUGCACAAUUAA